GGUCAAUCGUCGCACUGCCAGUAUCGUCGUGGUUCUGCUCCGAGCAGCAGCAGCAGCAGCAUCAAGCAGUUCGGAAUUAUUUGCGCCGUUGUUUUUCCCCAAUAUCACUGUUUAGGUUAUCCAGUCCUUUGAAGUGAUCCACCAUAGUUUAGUGUUUUCCAUAUAGAUAUUAGGAGAUAGCAUAGUGGAGGCCAUCACGAAUGUUGAUUUAAGGGGAGUGGAUCCAGAAGAGUGAUUUACUGCCGUGGCCGUUCGGAGGUUCGCUGGCUUGGAAGGAAGUUGUUUGGCGGGGUCCUCGUCGGAAGCCCUCUGGCACUGCCGGGUGUCGUGUUGUGGAAAAUGCAAUUGUCGGCUGUGCAUAAUUGAAUUUUCUCCGCCAUCCGGAUAUGGGAAAAAUGCUGGCGAUGGAAUUUGUGUCGAUACGGUGCAUGUGAGUCUCAAAUUGGGAAAUCGAAUUUGCUGCGCCUGGUGAAACAAGUGGUGAAAAAAUUGUCCCUACUGGGAGGAUACCAAGAGUGUUGCCCAUUUGGUGGCGGUGAGAGUGUUGAGGGAGAGCAAGGAUACGUGGGAGGAGAAGGAGAGAGGGCGGCGGCCCAAGGAUCCUACUAUGGUAGUACUACGGCCGUAGUGAAAACGUCGGAGUCGAGACUCGGAUCUCACUCUCGUUCAGCUGCCUCGACAACGCAACGGUGGUGUGUAUCGGUAUUCGAGGAAGCUGAUGACGAGGACUUUCUCUGAAUGAGCAGUGCAAUAACACAGAUGGAUACGCAUUUACCAGAAACCGGGAGCUUCAGGAAGUGAAAGCUGAGAAGAAAUCACAUUUGAGAGCAUUGUGUUUGUGACGUCAGUGAUAACAGGAAAAGUGUGAAGACCCACACAAGCGUGGAAAAGGACACCGAACGCGCUAUGUGCAAAUGUUUCUCAUUCCUCCAACCUCUCUAGAUAAGAUUCCAGUCCAGUGAAAGUGCUCUAACUUCUUGCCCCACGGAAUAGUAAAUCAAAAGCCAAACCAAACCCGAACAAAAUGGAUAGUUCGCCGGAUCUAUCGUUGAAGCUGCGCCGCGGGUCGAGCGAUUCGCGCGACUCAUUCUACAUGGAUUUCGCCCAGGGCAUCGACUCGGACAUCGAGGACGUCGUAACGCAAGCCUCCGGUGGGGCUCCCCACAGUUGCCAAACGCCGGUCGGUACCGUUACCACCCCGAGCGCCCUGGCCCCAAUCACUGCGAGCAGCACCACCGCCAGCAUACCGGACGUGACGGUGAUGUCGGCUUGCGGCACCAGCCACUCCGGAACCGCAAUCAUUCCCGAGGAUCCGGAAGAUUUGGAUGAUGACAUGGAGGAACUGGAACCGGUACCGCCGCCGAUGCCGGAACUGGGUGACCAUCCGAUUCCGUCGGUGGCCGCCGGGAUGGACCUACCGUUGCCGCCGCUUCCGACGUUGGACAUAGACGACAGAGACAUCGACCUCCCUCUGCAGCCGUUGAUGCCAUCCCCGUCGGUACCACAGAAUGCCAUCGUCUCACCGGAAACGUUCAGCAAUCACACGUCACCGGCACAAUCGUCACAGCAUUUGGCAAUGGCCACCACUCCAACGCCUCCUUCGAUUUCCCAGCAUCCUCAGCUACCACACGAAGUUCAUACCCAGGACUUUCCCCUCCAGGGGGAUGAGUCCCGUAUCGGUUCCUCGCUGGAGACCCAGAGCAAGACGCACCUUGGUUCGUCGUCCACUUCUUCCGCCUUCCAGCGGAUCCACACGCCAACUCUCAGUGUCAAAACGAAUCCCGUGGUCAUCAUUCCUGGAUCGUCUACACCCACCCCGCCGCAACCGUCACCGGGCAUCAUGCAGAGGCAGCCUGCAGCGAUGGGGUCAACCACUACCACCACCCAGCACCUGGCCGUGCUGUACCAUUCCCAUCAUCACCAUCUGCACCCGAUCCUGAACACCACUCGGCGACCUUCGCGAUUACCCGAACCAAUCUACUAUCACCAUCAGCCGCCGCGGGAGAUUAAACCGGGUGAAGCUCUGGCGACGACGCUAUCGGCACUCUACGGGAAGCUGCUCGUCGUUAUGGGGAUUGCCUUUCCGAUGGCCGAGGUUAUCUCCACCUACAUUCCGCCUUCGUUUUAUGAGGGCUUCUAUUUAUAUCUCUACAUAGGCAGUAUGGUAUUCCUGUUAUUCAUGUACGUAACGCUACUCUGGGGCCGGCCCAAAACGCCUCCCAUUUCACCGGUAAAAAAGACUCCUCAAAAAGCGAAAAUCAUCCGCCGCACCAGCACCACCUGUUCCUCCGACAGCGGCGAACGAUCGGACAGCGAAGAUGAAACGGCCAGCUCCGAGCCCAAGGUCAUACUCCCGACGCGACGAAUGUCUCUCGCGUCGGCGACAUCGUCCUCCCGGAUUCAGCACUUUGGCAGCUUCUACCUCCGGAUGGGGGCCGUCGCGUUCGGCAUCGGCAGCAUGAUCUACUCGGGCCUGGAGUUCGGGCAGUACUUCGAGCUGGAACGGGACACCAAAUGCCACAACGUGCUCCUGGCGCUGACCCCGGCCACCCGGAUGGCAUUCAUCUUCAUCCAAAUGUAUUUCAUAUUCCUCAACAAUGAGCAAAUCAAAGUCUACCGACACAAGAUUAUGGCUCGCUUCGGACUGAUGCACAUGAUCGGCACCAAUCUGUCGGUGUGGUUUUCCGUGUUGAUCCAGGAAACCAAACACGAAAUAUUGACCUUCUACAAUCCGGAGAAUAGGACGCUGAGGAUAUCGCAUCGAUUGGGUCACAAAAUGAUCCCGCACCCGGCGGACACCGAAGCCCAUCUCCGGGUAGCGCGAGGACUCAAAGGCCCGCACAACAUCUUCGAAUGUCGGCGGUCAAACAUCAUCGGUACCCUGGUCCAGGACGCUUCGCCUUUCCUGUUUCCAUGCACAAUCGAAUACUCGCUAAUCUGCGCCGCCAUUCUGUACGUGAUGUGGCGCAGUAUCAGUCGACCCCAAGCCGAUCCACCCCAGCGGCAGGAGAGUCUACAUCCACUGAAGCGGUCUCCCCAUCACUACUCGGUCGAUUGCGCCGGAGCGCACAAAGGGUUAUUCAUCGGCAUUCUCAUCCUGGUUCUCACCAUCAUCUCGCUGAUCCUAUUCUUCGUGCUCAUUUCGCGACCCGAGUUCAUCAAUCUGGCCGUCACGGAAGUCAACAUCUGCGAGUUAACGCUGUACGGCACGACGACCGCUGCCACCCUCAUAGGCAUGAUUCAGGUCCGGCACAUGCAGUACGACGCGUUCCGGAGCUUCAGCCUGGAUGACAUCCUGCUGGUUGGAGGCCAAACCGGAUCCUUCCUCUACAGUACCUUCACCGUCAUCGGCGGUCAGUUCAUGAUGCGAAGGGACACGGUGCUGGUCCUCAUCACUGCCCUGGCCUCCCUGGUGGAAACCGCAUGCCAAACCAUGUUCAUCCUGGAUGCCAGCCGGCGGUCCGCCGCCACCCAGGAGCACAUACGAAAGAAACCCGGUCGGGAGAUCGUGACCUUUCUGCUGGUCAGCAAUUUGGCGAUGUGGGCCAUCAACACGCUGGAAAAGUCCCGCGCCGAGUCGCACCCAAUCCAGCUGCACUUCUACGGGCUCUGGGCGUGGACCAUCAUCACCCACGUCUCCAUGCCGUUGGCCAUCUUCUACCGAUUCCACAGCACCGUUUGUCUGUGCGAAAUUUGGAAACGAGCGUACAAAAUGAAACCGGCUUAUAUGUAAUCCGAUCCCGACUACUGCCGGUUGUUGCUGGUCGGCGGUCGUUAAAUGUGAUUAGCUGCGGUGCUGCGCACCGACGAAACGGAAGAUCCAUUACCCCCCUCUUGUUCGUUAUAGCCUUUAUGUACUCACCAGUAUUUCCUAUCUAUUUCCUCUCUGUAACUGUUAGGAAACUCUGCUCAACUAUGCAACCAAUGUAUCUGUUCUAUGGAUAUCGAUCUCCCAUUUGUAACCCUCUCUCACUAAUCUCGACCACUCCGAAGGUUAAUACUCAAUGUUUAUGGAACGAAAAAUGAAACCCAAAAUAUGUAAACCACGUUGGAUCGAAACGAAAUAGAAACUGUCGACACAAGAAGUAUAAUAAAAAUAGGAAUACGUAUUGAUAAUCUUCAAAAAAAAAACCAAAAAUGUACCUUUGUAAUCGAUACUAGCCAAAAGUCAAACAAUAUUGCGGGGGACGACGUAGUACUAGGAAACAAUUGUCCAAGCUGUAAAACAUUAAACCAAUAGCCCACCGAA